AGGUGAGUUUAGACUCACGAGUGCGAGAGGUGAUCAACAUCAAGAUGCGCUCGCCCAACUCGCGUACCUUCGACGAGGCCCAGAUGCAGAUCUACACGCUAAUGCACAGAGACUCGUACCCACGCUUCGUAAACUCGUCCGUGUACAAGAAGCUCGCACAACUGAACAAUAACAGCCGGAAAGAGAGCGUGGCAUGACUACAGCGCGCCACAGCCGUCGCGGCAGCGUCGCAGUUGCCUCCCACCGACUCAUGUAGGGUUUGCGAGUGACCUUCGUACGCUCAAAGAUAUUAUUCAGUGCGAAUAUGCGAGUUGGUGCGCUGCCACUGUCCUCGUGGCGGGAUGGUGCCGUGUGUGCCGUGUGCCGGGCGGGCCCCAGACCGCGCUGAGGCCGACCGCAGUCGGGUGUGAAACCGCGCGUACAAUUUGCCUUUCAUGCGGGACUUUGAGGUAGAGCUAUCAUUUCCUUCCUCGCCUUUCUCACGGGGAGCGUUCAGUUGACCAGCAGACGGGUGCACGGGCGGAGAGAUCAGCUGGCGCUAUCGUCGUCGAUCUCAGUAUUUCGCCGCACCCCCUCGAUGGCUUUAAUCCACGCUUAGCCGGGCUCCCGCUGGGGCCUGGGACCACCGCUGCAUUGUGACCAGCCGCGCCGCCGCCGCUCUGUUUGGAACUGGUUGCCAGUCAGCCUCUGGUAUUGCGAGUUCGCUGCUGAGGCGACAGCCAGCUAUUGACGGCGCGAUGCGUGCUGCGGACUCCUCGUUCUGCGCAGAGCUCAUCCGAUACUGAUCUAUCGGGAAUCCAAUCAUUUCGCUGGUCUUGAGGUUGCGAACCAUUUUUUUUUUUUAGCAUGCCUGAUAUAUUUUUAUCCGACUGAGAAGAUAGCUUAUGAUGCAAUCAUGCGUUGAAAAGUUGUUAGGAGUUUGCCCUGACCUAGACAAACUUACGAAAAUGCUUGAAAGAGGUGCAGCAAGGCUUGCUUGCAUCAAAGGUCAUCUAUUGCGUGGAAUUUAACACACACAGAGCUUAUCAUUGUAUAUAGCACCUCACCAAAGCGCUGGGAUACCUUCCUCCAGCGAUAGGGAACCCUGGCCAACAUUUGACAGCAAGCAGUAAAGCUCAAGGCACAAAGCUUUCCCAGUGUAAAUCCUUCCAACUAAAACAGGCAAGCAAAAUGAUUUCGUACAAAUCUGAAUUAGUUAGUCGGUGGCUUCGCUCCUAUGCGGGACGUGUAACUCAGUGCACUAUCGGCGCCUUUACCUUGCAAGACAAUUUCGAUACGCUUUUCGCGCUGCCCUCUGUAGACAUGGGUGCCCGCCAUCUGUCCGUAGGAGUGGACUGAGACGGACCGGUGUCCAGUCUCGUGACUGGGCCGGAGGGUCCACAGCCCGCCUGGCUGGUGCGUCUCUCUGCUGUCGUCUCAGGUAGCGCCCCUGCAGACGUGCGCGGCCGCCGCUCCCGGUCGUCGGUGGUGCUAGCCGGACGGCGCUCGGCGCCCGGCGACCGAGCGCCGAUCGAUACCGGCCAGACUCCCGCCGAAAACGCCGCCCAUGGCGGCCGGUGGGUGCGCCGAAAACACCGCCCGUGGCGGCCGGUGGGCGCGCCGAAAACACCGCCCGUGGCAGCCGGUGGGCACUCCGUAGACACCACCCAUGGCAGCCGGUGGGCGCGCCGAAAACACCGCCCAUGGCGGCUGGUGGCGCGUCGGCCACGCCCGGGCGCCUCUGGCUCCGCCGGAGGGACGAGACCCUUGACCGCGUC